GCGGUAGUUCCCUGCAACGCCCGUCUCCGCCUCAUCAUGGACGGUUGGAAACCGCUGGUUGACCAUGCUUUUUGAGCAUCAUGGGAAGCCGCUUUGGUGUGAGGUGUCAGGGUGUGGCGCGCGCUGCACACUGGUCUCGAAGCUUCAGCUCCCGAGCGAAGCUCCUUGAAAGCUAUCGCAGUCAGGUUGAUGCGGGCAAAUUGGAGAAAGAUGGCCUGCAACAGCGUGUGGUGGGCUUUCUUGCUGAUUCGCUCGACAAGGCGCUUCAGCGUCCACUGGAGGAGACCGUGGAGCCCGGCUUUGCCGGGCGGCGCGGUUGGAUCCUCCCGCAGGAGACCUUAGGUAUUUCCAGCUCCGCCGCCGCCGAGCACCGCUUGGCCGCGGAGUGGACGGCGAAACUCGCGGCGGAGAACCGGCGCAAGCUGCAAGGAGGAUCUGAGACCAAGGUCCUACCAGCAGCCACUGUUGCGAAGGAGUCCGGUACAGAAGAAAAAUCACAGGUGGAGGUGCCAAAUUUGAGCAUGAAGAGCGGUGUUUAUCUGCACGGUCCAGUUGGAACUGGCAAGACGAUGUUAAUGAACCUCUUUGAUGAGCAUUCACGAGAGGCAGGGCUCAGAACUUCGAGGCAGCACUUUUAUGAGUUCAUGAUCAGUCUCCAUCAACAGAUCCACCAGAUCCAAGAAGAGCGGCCCGUGGAGGUGGCGGCCAAUUCGCUAAGUGACGACCUGGACGUCUUGUGCUUUGACGAGUUUCAAAUCACCGACAUUCAGGACGCCGCCAUCCUUCCUCGACUCUUUGAGAUCCUUUUCCUGCGCGGUGUUACGGUGGUCAUGACCUCCAACACGGCGCCACAGCUGCUCUACAGCGGCGGGCUGAAUCGACACGUUCACCUGCCUGCCUUCGUCCGCCUCGUCGGAGAUCACUGUACCGUGCUGGGCCUGGGCGCCAAGUCGGUGGAUUAUCGCCGAAAAGCCGAAGCAGAGGAGUUGCAGUCCUCCGACGUUCUGGAUAGCUUUUUGGUGGGCGAAGAGGGCAACCAAGAAUUGGAGUCCAGAUGGCAGGAAUGGCUGAAGCAGGCGGGACCUGAAGAGGAAGUCUUCGUCGAGCUUCCAAUGGGUCGGCGCUUCCUGAUCCGCAGGGCUUCAGGCUCCGCGUGUUUCUUGGACUUUGCGGAGCUGUGUGGCGGAGACCGUGGGGAGGCUGACUUCAUGGCCUUGGCCCAGCGCUUUCAGAGCAUCUUCCUGUGCAGCGUUCCAAGGU